AUGACAAGUUCACAAUCAACCACAACAACGACGACCACUAGUGCAGGAUUUUAUUGUGUGAAUUCAACUCAUGUUUUAUUGGUGAAUUCUAGUUGUGUGCUGAAGGGUGAUGCACAGCAAUCAAGUUACAACAUAUUGUUGAAUGAUACGGCUAAUGCCACAACAGUUGGAUCGAAUUUGAUUGAUUACUUUGAGUCGUUUACAAACGUGUCUUCUACUAACUCGAGCUAUAUAUUAACGUUGAAUCGAGUAGAUCAAUUGGUGAAUAAUUUGAAUAGUACGAGUUUUACUGUUAGCGGAACAUCAUCGUUUUUGUUGGUACAAACCACAAGUGGAAACCAAACCGAUGACGUUCUGGUUUUAGGUGCUUCUUUCAGUCCUGACGCACACGGUCAGGUCGUGAAUACUCAAAACAGAGAUAGUAUCAUCAACUCGAAUAUAUCCAGUGCUGCUGUCGUCAGUAAUGACUCGAUAGUGAAUGUCAAGUCGAUGAAUAUAUUUAUUAUUGACAAUCCAAGUUUGUACAAAAAUGUAGAUAACUCAACGAAUGACAUGUUAGUUAGCUCAUCGUUAAUUGUUGCUUCGGUGAAAAAUUUUCCGAAUAGAUCGAGUUCUGUUAAAAUUGCAUUAUACUUCACUCUAGCAUUAGAUUCUCCGCAGCCGAGUAAUGGAACGUUCCUGUGUUCAUUUUAUGAUACAAGCAUGUCUCGAUGGAAUAGUUCCGGCUGUAGUUCGCCGACAUAUAAUUCAAAUUUCAAUCGGUAUGAAUGUAGUUGUAACCAUACAACUUCGUUUGCCCUUAUUUGGUUACCAUCUGGCCUAUUAGAGUCUAGUGGACGUAACUUUCGAUCGGCAGAUAUCGCCUCGCUCAUUUGCCAAUCGUUAUCUAUAGCGUGCAUUUUGGGCAUUCUUCUUCAUGCGGUUGUGAAUCGAGUAAUUCAACCUUCGAAUUAUAUAUCUGCAACUAUCAUGCUUCCAUUAAUAUCCUAUGCAAGUACAGGCAUUCUGUUCGUCUUUUAUAUUGCUCUCACCAUGACUGUAUAUGCUCGCACAACAUCCGAAAAUGAAACAAAAUGUUUUUUGAGUUCCCGUGUCUUAAUGUUUUUCACUUACUUCUUCUUAAUCUUUAUGUUAUGCAUCAAAACAAGCAUCGGUUAUUUCAAUUAUUUGCGCUUUGUGCAACUAUUCCCACCGCCGUCAUAUCGACGACUUUUCAUUCUACUUCUCAUCUCAUUGAUACUGGCAGGCGGUUGGGUUGCUUUCGCAGCUGGUUUCGAUUCAAAUUCUUCCUACAACAUUACACAAUUGUACCCCUAUCGAUUUUGUUGGUUUACUCACACAGUCAUCUAUUAUUUUUUAACCAUACCUGUCUCAAUCUUUCUUCUAUUGACAUUUGUCAACAUUAUUUAUGUUAGUAAGCGCAUGAUAGAGCAUGUGCAACGAGCAACAUCUCCACAUCAUACGUAUCAACGAAUGAAACAAUGCGUGCUAGUUUUAAUAGCAUCUUCAAUUACUCAGGGAGUCGGGUGGUUGUUCGGUCCAUUUCUUUCGUUUGUGAGUCCGUCUGGUGCGUCGGUCUUAGAAUGGUUUUUCAUCAUAUUUAAUGCGUUAGAAGGUGUAUGGGCUGUCCUUGCUUACUUAGUUAUUCGAGCACAAAUAAAACAAGAACAAAUACGUGUAACAACAGUGAAGAAAUGGACCAAGGAACCAGUUACGAUAAAGAGCACACCCAAGGAACCUAACCCACCAGUCGCUCAAAAAGGAACUGGUAUCGAAACCAGUGAAUUUGAACCUGUGCGCCGAAAGCGUCAGAACGAUCCGAUAGAGCGCUUCGAUGAUUUACGUUACACGAACUGA